AUGACCAUCCGCCAGUGGAGCGUCCGCCGCAACGAGAAGAUCGCAUGCCACGUCACCGUCCGCGGCGAGAAGGCCGAGGAGAUUCUGGAGAAGGGUCUCAAGGUGAAGGAGUACGAGCUCCGCAAGAAGAACUUUGCUCGCAACGGCAGCUUCGGCUUCGGCAUCACUGAGCACAUUGACCUGGGCAUCAAGUACGACCCGGGUACCGGCAUCUACGGCAUGGACUUCUACGUCCACUUGUCUCGCCCAGGCGGCCGGGUGCAGUACCGAAAGCUCCGCCGCGGCAGGGUCGGCGCCUCGCACAGGCUCAGGAAGGAGGAUGGCAUGAAGUGGCUUCUCGGCCAAAUUGUUUCUUGUUCGAGCCUCCAGACUACCUCUAGAUGCCAGGGCACGAGAUAUGAAAGUCAGUUGUUGGCCGCGACAUUAUCUACAGGCAAGAACAGUGCUGCAGCAGCGCUAAUCGCCACCUCAGGAACCGUAAGAGGCAAUGUGUGA